CAAGUCCAUGGAUCACCACAACCAAACUACCUAUCCUUAAACCCAUAAGCUUUAACUUUGUUUUUAUCAAAAUGGAGCGAUCAAUGUCCAAUUACACCAACCAAACAUCACCGUCACCAAACCCUGUAACAACAAACACCAGACGUGAACGAAAAUUGCUUUUUAGCGUUUCGGAUGAUAAUGUUAUGAUGAAGCAAGUGGUAGAUACCCAUCACCCUGAUGGGAGUGAUAUUGGUGUCGACCCACUUGUAAACAUGGUGGAGGAAAUCCUUCGACGUGCCUCCAUUAAUGCCACCAUUGAUAAAGAUUCUACUUCAGCGCUUGAACACACUGAUAUUGUCAAACUGGAGGCCAAAUCUCGCCAAAACAACUUAGUUCUGAUGCUUAACGUAUUUUCGCAUCCAAUUGACAAGCUUGCUCGUGAGAUGUCAUUCAAGACCUUAAGUACUGCCGUGGACCCACACACAAGAGUUAUUUCACUACUCCACACGGUAGGGAACUACGACUGGGACGCCAAGAUGGCACUGAUCCUUGCAGCUUUUGCUCUAAACUAUGGUGAAUUCAGGGUUCUAGCUCAAAUUUAUUCAUCAAAUCAGCUUGCAAAACCAUUGGAGCUCAAAUCAAGAUUUGAUGCACUCAACAGACUAAUUCAUUUGGUUCUCGAGUUAACUCAGUGCAUUAUCCAGUUUAAGAAGCUCCCAUCUAGGUAUGUUAGUUCUCGAGAACCAGUUAUGGACAGAGCUAUAAGGAAAUUUCCAAGUGCAGGUUAUUGGAAUGCUAGAGUGAUUAUUGCCAUUGCUACACAGAUAACUAACAUCACCAGCAUGGGAGACGAGUAUUGGAUGUCAACGGCAGAGUCAUGGGAGCUAGCUUCGUUGGCCCACAAGAUCAACUACCUACUGGAGUUUCUCAGGAAAGAACUGGAAGAAUGUCGACGUCUAAUAGAAGAGAGGAAGGAGAUGGAAGUCAGAAAUUCAUUUAAUCAGCUUUUUGAUACGGUUCAUGUUGACAACAUGAAAAUCCUCAAGAUCUUGCUUAAUUCCAGGGAUGACCCGCUGCCACUUUUUGAUGGGAGUACGAGACGAAGGGUCAGCCUAGAAGUUCUGAGGAAAAAGAAUGUGUUGUUGCUGAUAUCAGGGAUAGGCAUUUUCCGUGAUGAAGUGUCAAUUCUUGAUCAAAUUUACAGUGAGUCACGUAUUCAAGGCUCGAGGAUUGAUGCUUUGUAUGAUCUGGUGUGGCUUCCUAUCGUAGACCCGUACGAUGAGUACACUAAUGCAUUGCACGCACAAUUUGAGGAUCUGAAGCACAGUAUGCCAUGGUACUCGGUCGACCACCCUUCAAAUAUCGAUCAUGCAAUUAAGAAGUCCAUUGGAGACAGGUGGCACUUUAGGAGCAAGCCUGUCCUUGUUGUCCUGGACCCACAGGGAAGGGAGUUGAGCCGAAAUGCACUCCACAUGAUGUGGAUUUGGGGAAGCACUGCCUUCCCUUUCACCAUAGCCAGAGAGGAAGCAUUGUGGAGGGAUGAAACUUGGCGGCUAGAGUUGCUAGUCAGUGGCAUGGACCCAACCAUACUCGAUUGGGUAGCGGACGACAAGUAUAUCGUACUGUAUGCAACAGAUAACAUUGACUGGAUUCGCAAAUUUACGAUCACUGCAAGGGCUAUGGCAACUGCUGCAUGCCUCCCAUUAGAGAUGGCGUAUGUUGGAAAAAACAGUAAAAGAAAAAAUGUGCGUAGGGUGAUUGAAACCAUCAGAAGAGAAAAACUCAGUUACUGCUGGCAAGAUAUCACCCUAAUACGGUACUUCUGGACCCGCUUAGAAAGCAUGUUGCUCUCCAAGAUCCAACUUAAUCGCACUGAUGAUCAAGACAUCACAAUGAAACAGAUCAUGAAACUACUCAGCUAUGAGAAGGAUGGAUCAUGGGCUAUGCUUUGUAGAGGAUCACAUAUUCUGACCAAUGGUCAUGGAUCCUCCAUGAUGCAAACACUUGCUGACUUUGAUCUCUGGAAGGAACACAUCCCCUCACGGGGUUUUGAUUUGUCAUUUAAAGACUACCAUGAUAAGCUUCACAUCACAACACAUAGUUGUAGUCGAUUUGAGUUUCCCAUUGCAGGAGGUAGACUCCCUGAACGUAUGCGGUGCUCAGUGUGCCAUCGAUAUAUGCAGGUGGAGAAAUACAUUGCUUUCCUUUGUUGCCAUGACCAAACUGGACUUAUUGAACCCUAUUGAUCAAGUAAUGCAAAUCUACCAACUUGGAAACUUCUUUGGUGGUUAUUAUUACUAUGAAAAGAAACACUGAGAAGUGAUUGUUGCUGUGUUUCUUUGGUACUGAAAUAAGAAUAUAAUGUAACAUCUGUCAAAA